AUGAAGGACAGCAGAGGAUGUGCGCAUGUUUACGCUGUGUCGUCGAAUGGUCGUCCUGUUGGCAUGCAUUGGAAUGCAAGGCGCACGCGACGGCGAGCGGGUGCAGGAUCGAAAUGCAUGCCUGACGACGCGCACGUCUCGGCGAGGGGAGCGCUGGUAGGGGCAAGGUAUUAG